CGCCCGCGCAGUUCCGGCCUCCGGCGCCCGGCACGUGGAAGCUGCUCCGCGCCGCGCGCGAGUCCUGCUGGCCUUGGGGUCCCGGCGGCGGGAGCGGCGGCGCGGGUCAUGUCUUGGCUCUUCGGCAUCAACAAGGGCCCCAAAGGCGAAGGCGCGGGGCCGCCGCUGCCCUUGCCGCCCGCGCAGCCCGGGGCCGAGGGCGGCGGGGACCGCGGCGCGGGAGACCGGCAGGCGCCCAAGGACAAAUGGAGCAACUUCGACCCCACCGGCCUGGAGCGCGCCGCCAAGGCAGCGCGCGAGCUGGAGCACUCGCGCCAUGCCAAGGACGCCCUCCAGCUGGCGCAGAUGCAGGAGCAGACGCUGCAGCUGGAGCAACAGUCCAAACUCAAGGAGUAUGAGGCCGCUGUGGAGCAGCUCAAGAGCGAGCAGAUCCGGCUGCAGGCCGAGGAGAAGAGGAAGACCCUGAACGAGGAGACGCGACAGCACCAGGCCAGGGCCCAGUAUCAGGACAAGCUGGCCCGGCAGCGCUACGAGGACCAGCUGAAGCAGCAGCAACUUCUCAAUGAGGAGAAUUUACGGAAGCAGGAAGAGUCAGUGCAGAAGCAGGAGGCCAUGCGGCGAGCCACCGUGGAGCGGGAGAUGGAGCUGCGGCACAAGCAGGACAUGCUGCGGGUGGAGGCUGAGGCCCGGGCGCGCGCCAAGGCCGAGCGGGAGAACGCAGACAUUGUCCGCGAGCAGAUACGCCUGAAGGCGGCCGAGCACCGCCAGACCGUCUUGGAGUCCAUCAGGACGGCUGGCACCUUGUUUGGGGAAGGAUUCCGUGCCUUUGUGACAGACUGGGACAAAGUGACAGCCACGGUGGCCGGGCUGACGCUGCUGGCCGUCGGGGUCUACUCGGCCAAGAAUGCCACGGCUGUCGCCGGCCGCUACAUCGAGGCUCGACUGGGGAAGCCGUCCCUGGUGAGAGAGACGUCCCGUGUCACGGUGCUGGAGGCUCUGCGGCACCCCCUCCAGGUCACCCGGCGGCUCCUCAGUCGGCCCCAGGAUGCCCUGGAGGGUGUUGUGCUCAGUCCCAGCCUGGAAGCACGUGUGCGUGACAUCGCCAUAGCAACAAGGAACACCAGGAAGAACCAGAGUCUGUACCGGAACGUCCUGAUGUACGGGCCGCCAGGCACCGGCAAGACGCUGUUUGCCAAGAAACUUGCCCUGCACUCAGGGAUGGACUACGCCAUCAUGACAGGCGGGGACGUGGCCCCCAUGGGGCGGGAAGGCGUGACCGCUAUGCACAAGGUCUUCGACUGGGCCAGUACCAGCCGGCGCGGCCUCCUGCUCUUUGUGGACGAAGCGGACGCCUUUCUUCGGAAGCGAGCCACCGAGAAGAUAAGUGAGGACCUCAGAGCCACCCUGAAUGCCUUCCUGCACCGCACAGGCCAGCACAGCAGCAAGUUCAUGCUGGUCCUGGCCAGCAACCAGCCUGAGCAGUUCGACUGGGCCAUCAACGACCGCAUUGAUGAGAUAGUCAGCUUCGACCUGCCGCGGCAGGAGGAGCGGGAGCGCCUGGUGAGAUUGUAUUUUGACAAGUAUGUUCUUAAGCCAGCCACAGAAGGAAAGCAGCGCCUGAAGCUGGCCCAGUUUGACUAUGGGAGGAAGUGCUCAGAGGUCGCUCGGCUGACAGAGGGCAUGUCGGGCCGGGAGAUCGCCCAGCUGGCCUUGGCCUGGCAGGCCAUGGCAUAUGCCUCUGAGGAUGGGGUCCUCACUGAGGCCAUGAUGGACGCCCGCGUGCAGGACGCUGUCCAGCAGCACCAGCAGAAGAUGUCGUGGCUGAAGGCAGAGGGGCCUGGGCCGGGGGCUGAGCGCCCUCCAUCCUGAGGCCACAGUGACCCACACCUCACGGAGCCUGGCAGCGGACCCCUCCCACUCCUGCCUCUCCAGCCCCUGUGCCUUGAGGAAGUGCUCCUGGGGGGGCCAGGGCUGCAUGCAGGGCCUCUGUGCACCAGGACAUCUUGUGGGGGUCAGCCAUUCCGCCAGGACGCCCCUUGUUGUGGGCAUUGGCUGGGGAGGGGCAGGUCUCCUUCCUGUCCCCCAAGACACUUUGAGAUGCAUUUUCUGUCUGGCUCAGAUUGGGAGGGGGAGGCUUUGCACCCGAGCCCCUGCAGAGGCCACUGGGAGGGUAGGUGCUGGGCAGAGUCCCAGGGGCCAGCAGGAAUGGGUUGAGUGGGGUCUUUGUUCUCAGCUCCCACAGCAGAGCCAGGUGUCAGCCCCGCACCCCAACCCUGCACACACAUGUGGCCCUGAAAAACUCCAGGCCAUGGCUGGGAGGCAGGGAGACUGGCAGGGGUGUCUGAGGCCACACCCAGCUGGCCGGUGCACACCUGUGGCUGGAGCGGGGGUCUGUUAAUCUAAUAAAGUCCCACAGGUGCCUCA